AUGGGAGGGGCCGGGGGAAGUAGCGAGAGGCUAGGUGUAGCGAGGCAUGAUUCCGAGCCUCUGGGGAGAUCCAUGAAGAAAUCCGGGAGGAUAAGGCCCAUUUGGGUUUGGAUCGGGGUUAUCUUGGCGGUGCUUGUUAUCGCAGGCGCCGUUGUUGGGGCUCUUGUCGCCAAGAAUGUCAUUCGCGUUGGCUCUAACUCCAACUCGGGGACUUCGUCCGACUCGGCCUCCGGAUCCUCUGCCACCAACGGAGCCGACCCCGGGUCCUCUUCUGGAUCUAGCUCGGGGUCUGGCGGGGCGGCCGCCACCGCCACCUCCACAAAACCCGGGCCACCGAAACCGACGUCAUGCUCCACAUCGGGCAGCAUUCCCUCAUCGGCCAAGGGGACCAUUACGGACCCAACUUCGUGGUUGGACAUGGCGGACUUCAACUGCACAUUCACCGCCGAAACGGUCGGCGACCUCCCAAUCGUGGGCCUGAACUCUACCUGGGAUGACUCGGCGCGAGCCAACCCGAACGUCCCGGCCCUAAACAAGGGAUGGGGCUCAUACAGCAGCCGGCCGAUACGCGGCGUGAGCAUCGGGGGGUGGCUCUCGCUCGAGCCCUUCAUCACCCCGUCUCUCUUCGACUACGACUUCAGCCUGGGCAUCUCGGACGAGUAUAGCCUGUGCGCGCACCUGGGGCCCAAGGAGGCCGCGGCGACGCUGGAGAAGCACUACUCGACCUUCAUCACGGAGUCCGACUUCAAGCGCAUCGCCGACGCGGGCCUGGACCACGUCCGCAUCCCCUUCUCGUACUGGGCCGUGCGCGCGUACGAGGGCGACCCGUACGUUCCCGGCGUGUCGUGGCGCUACCUCCUGCGUGCCAUCGAGUGGGCGCGCCGGUACGGCCUGCGGGUCAAGCUCGACCUCCACGGCCUCCCCGGCAGCCAGAACGGGUGGAACCACAGCGGGCGGCAGGGGACGGUCGGGUGGCUGCUGGGGCCGGACGGGAAGCUCAACGGGCAGCGGUCGCUGGACAUCCACGACCAGCUGUCGAAGUUCUUCGCGCAGGACCGGUACAAGAACGUGGUGGCCUUCUACGGGCUCGGCAACGAGCCGGCGCAGUCGAUCCCGCAGGCCGACCUCAUCGCAUGGACGACCAAGGCGUACGAGCUGGUGCGCGGCAACGGCGUCGAGGCGAUCCAGGUGUUCAGCGAGGCGCUCCGGGGCCUGGACGCGUGGUCCGGCAAGCUGACGGGCUACGGCGACAAGCUGGCCAUCGACAUGCACGAGUACACCAUCUUCGACAACAACCUCAUCCAGCUCAAGCACGCGGCCCGGGUGUCGUUUGCGUGCGACACCUUCACGGCCCAGAUCGCCGCCAGCAUCAACACAGGCUUCGGCCCCACCAUGGUCGGCGAGUGGUCGCAGGCCGACACGGACUGCACGCGGUACCUCAACGGCGUCGGCAACGGCGCGCGGUGGAACGGGUCCUUCUCCGGCACCAUCGGGUCGCCCAAGUGCCCGACCCUCGACAAGCGGUGCGACUGCUCAGCGGCCAACGCCGACCCGUCCAAGUUCGACGACGGCUACAAGGUCUUCCUGCAGACGUGGGCCGAGGCCCAGAUGGACGCCUUCGAGGCCGGCUGGGGCUGGUUCUACUGGACGUGGAGGACCGAGUCGGCGCCCCUGUGGAGCUACGAGGCCGGCCUGGACGGCAAGUUCAUGCCCUCCACUGCGUACAAGCGCGACUGGGGCUGCUCCAAGUCGGUGCCGAGCUUUGGGGACUUGCCCGAGUAUUACUAA